CCCGGAUAUGCAAUGACAAUGGCUGUUGUAAGUAAUAAUUCUUCAAAAUUGUCACUUACCCGUUUAAACCGUCUUAUUGAGAAAAGACAAAAAUAGAUGGAGCUAUCUGCAAGGCGGGUGACUACCGGAACUAUCCGCUUGAUUUACGCGGUGUUUUAUGCAUUUUUACUUGCUUAUGGAUUUCAAAUCGGCAGCCGGGCAUACACAAGCAUUGCCGAAGCUCUUAAAUCUACCACCGCCAGCAGCAAUCCACCAGAAGAGCAAUCAGACGAUCUAUGUGGUCAGAACCCAAUUUCUCAAUGGUUUUAUAUACCAAUGUUACCGCUGCUGAGUAUCUCGAUUGGUAUGUCCUAUGGAUCUUCUAUAAGACAAUCGUAUGCCCAGCUCGGGGGCGCCAUCAUUGGUUUUUGCCUUUGUUAUUUUAUGAACAAGAUCGUUUCAGACCCACCCAUUGUCGAGAGCACUGCAGCAUUUGCUGUGGGCUUGUAUUCCCACUUUGUUUUAAAGCUGACUGGAGAACCGCCACUGAUCUCAAUGGCAGUAGGCAUUACAUUGCUCGUGCCAGGCAGUAUUGGUGUCAAAGGCGCUUACGCUCUACUGCAUCAGGAAGAUACUAGUCAAAUGUUGUUCCCAAUCAAAAUGUUGACAGUUGCACUGGGAUUAGCAGCUGGCUUAUUCGCAUCGGCAAUGAUUGUUUAUCCAACAGGCAAGAGACGCACCUUGUUGUUAUCAUUCUAAAUAAGUUCCCGUUAGAAUUGCGGGGUUGUCAUUCGUUAUUGUUUAUUAUGCGACAUGGGUUUGAUGUACUAUUUACUUGUUUUUGGAAAAUAAUGGAUUAUUGUACGACUAGCAAAAUUCUGUUUCACAACACCCGACAUUGAAAUCAAUCGACCCAAAUUUUUGUAUUUAUUGCUUUUUCUUUUGCCGAAAACCAUAUAAGUUUACCAAACAAAUGGACGGCGGU